AUGGAAAAUCAGCAAACAAAUAGUAAAUCUUAUCAAAAAGCAAAGGAAAUGUAUAACCAACUGAAGAAAAAAGAUAUUUCAAUUACUACAGUUUGGAAACAUUCAGAAGAUCUAGCAAAAUUGGCUAUACUGAAUUGUGUUGAUGAGCAAGCUAUCAAAUGUAUUUCAAUUCAUGCAACAGCAAAUGCUGCUAAAGAUCAUUUUAUAGCAUCAACUACACAUGUUGAAUCCAAUAUCGGAGCAUCUAAAAAUUUAAACCUAGAUCAACCACUAAUUCAGAGUAAAUUAACAGAAGAGAUUGAAGAAGAUAAUUACAAUGUGCUCAAUAAUGAUCGAAAUGACCAAACGGAGGAAUGCUAUGACAAUAAUGACAUAGAUGAAGAGGAUACUUUGACUGAAGAAAUACCAACAGAAAAUUUUGAGGAAAAUGAGUAUGAUAGAGAUUGUGUCUUCAACUAUCAUCCAAAUUAUGUGAACAACAUCAUCUUAAUUGAUUUGUAUGAUCCUGUUUUCAGAAAAUUUAAAUUAAGGCUUUGGAAAAAUUAG